CAUGGAAUACCUUCCAAUGAAAACACAAGACCUUUUGAGGGAGCACGAACUUGAUAAAAUUUCGAAUAUAUAUGUAGAAAAAGGCAGUUACCUAGGCUAUAGCUAUGAGAGUGGUAAAUAUCUGUUUCUGGAGCAUGAUGAGUACGGCGAGAAUUUCUAUGUCAUGAAAAUCAACCUAAUAAUAUACAACAAAGUAUCACGAAAGAUUGUAGUAUUGGGCAGAAAAACUACUGUAUGUAAUGUUCAUGAAAAAGGGCUAAUGAAAAUACUUGAUGCUGAUGACGCCGAGGACCGUCUAAUCUGUAAAGGCAUAGAGGAGUUCAUAGACCGGGCACCACUGGACUCCUUUCAAGAGAAAGAUGAAACAUACUUAUUCGUUAAACACUCGAUUCCUCUUAUGUAGCUUAUUCCAAAAUGGACACGAUCGCGGUUUACAAAAUUUGUGAUGUAACCCGUAUGAAUCGACAUACCGUAACCGCAGGCAGGAAUGUUAUCAGUUUAAUGAAACAAGGCUCACUAAUGUUAAAUAAACCAAUCUCUCAAAUCGUGCUGGAGAAUGAUGGAUGCCAAAUAACAAGCGAUUUAGCUUUGGCUGCUUUCACGAACAGUUUAUUUAUGCUACUUAAUGCCGAAGAGAGAUGGACAUCUGAAAAUGUAAAUGUUACAUCGAAAGACACAGUUUCAGGAGAGAUCAUUGAUAUUGGCCAAAAUUUGACUUUAUCCCAGAUGCCAUCUGAUGUCAAAGCAAUCGUCGAAGCAGGCACUUCCUACCGCAUACUUUCACACCAACUUCAGCUCCCUCAGAAUGUGCUGGCAAUACUGCCAGAACCAUGUGGCAAUCCAACUGUAGCUGAUCCUAUCGCUAUGCAGUUAAUGACAGAACUUGAGGCACCAGAUGAAGGACAAACUCAAUUUCAAAAUCUCAACCGGCAAUCGACACGGCCAUGGCAGAAGAUAUACAAAUUCCUACGUGCUCGAACGAAACGUAUCAAUGACCCUGGAUAUCAACAAUCCAGCAAGAAGCAAGCAACAAGUCUGCUGAAGUUCCGCACGUUCGAAAUCAAUUGGAAUAAACUUGGUGACAAUCUUCUAGAACGCCUUGGCGACCUACAAGAAUUCAUCUCGCAGAAUCCCGAAUCCGCUGUUCCUCGUUCGAUUCGCUUCAAGAAAACCGAAAUGACUAGCCUAGUGAACAAUAUUGUCGACCAGAUGCGAUGCGUCGACAACAACAUCAAACGGAUACAAUAG